AUGAUAACAUCGGAUUUUGAUGACGAGCACGAACUAGAAGCUUACAAAUCCUAUACAUCUGAUGUUUCGAUGUUAGAUGAUGACGAAUGUAAACGAAUAUUGGCCGUCAUUCAACGUGAUUUUGAAUUACGUCAACAAGAAAGUCGACGAAUAUCAGAAUUCGAACGUUGCUCAUCAGAUUGGUUCUAUGCUCAAACACGUCAGAAAUAUAAGCGUUGUGGUAGUGCAAAAAUUGUUCGAGAUCUAUACAAGCGUGAAAAAGAAAUAUUGUUGUUUAUGCCGAGUUUAAUUGAAAAGUCAGAAAUUUUACCUGAUGAUGAUAAUAUACCAAAAACAUUUUUAACUAUUCUACAAGAAUUGCAUCAAGAUGGACGUUUAGCUUCAUGGAAAGUUCGAGGCCAAGGAGAUAUUUUAAGUGUUAAACUGACAUGGACUAGUACCGCUGGUAAUGAAGAUGAGUCAUCAAUCACAAAUGCUUAUCAAAUUAAAGCUACGGCACAACAACGUGACCCUAAAACACCAUUGUCCUGUUUGUUGCACGAUAAAAAUUCUAAAAUAGAAUUAAGAGAGUUUUCUGAUCGAAUUCGUAGCUUAACUGAUAAAUUACAAAAUGAUUUAGCCGGACGAAACGAAAACAUUGAUACACGUUCACAGAUAAAAAGAACAGAUAAACAAAAACUCACAGUUAAACAAAAUCUCAAAGAACAUCAACAACACAUAGCAGCAGAAAUUGGUCGAGCAAGAGUACUUCUGAGCGAAACAACUCGAAGUGCGAAUAUAAAAAAUGAUACUUAUGAACAUGAUUUACGAAGUUUAAUUAUUAAACAAAUCGAAUACGUAUUACAAACAGAUUUAUCAAAAUUUCAAAAAACAGCUCCAUAUAAACCACAUCAACAAUUAUUUCAGCCAUCAGAUCCCAUUUGGAGUGAACAAUCACCACAAGAGUCUACUUGGGAGAUAAAAUCUCGCAAUGAUUCAAUACGAAAAGUUAUUGUUACUCCAUCACGAAAUGAACAAGAAUCAAUGGAUAAUUAUCAAUCAGAAUCUGAAAUAAGAUUGGAUCCCGAUUCUGAAACUGAUUCUGUAGCAAUUAAUCAAACAUCAUUUGAUUCUGAUACGGAAAUUAUUCCUGUCAACGAACCUGCUUUGGAUACAGGCAAUUGGAAAAAAGACUGGCAAUUAGCAGGCAAAAAUCAUAUUGGAGAAGAAGUGCCAAGAAAUUCUCGCAUAGGAAGUGAAACAGUUUUAUUAACUAUUCCAGAAGCUCGAGAAGACAUUUCUCCGAGAAUCGGAGACAAAUCGUUAGAAGAACUUGGCGAUGAUGAUUUGUAUGCCGAUGAUCAAUCAAAUAUUCAUACCAUGUCAUCUACUCAAACACAAGACAUUUCUACGAACGAUGAUUCACAUAAAACCUUUUCAUUAUCAGCAAAUCUCAUUCUAUCAUCAAAACGUUCUUCAUCAAAUUCUUACCGUCAACCGUCUUAUACAUAUGAAUCAGAUGAUAAUGAAAGUGUCAUAUCAGAAAUAUCAUCAUUAACAUUGACCGAUUCAAAAAUGUAUAUCGACGAAGAAAAGUUUAAAUCUGAUCCUCAUAUCUUAGAUCCAAAAUUUAUUCAAAGACCAAAAGAUUUGAUUAUCAGAUGUGGAGAAGCGGCGAAAUUUAAAUGUCAAACAACGGGAACAGAACCUAUUGAUGUAUUUUGGUUCCGUUUUGGCGCGGAUGACGAUUUGGUGAACGAUGAAAAAUAUCAGAUAACACACGAUGAGAAUUACCAUUAUUUGAAAAUAUAUGCUACAACGAAGGAAGAUGAAGGAAAUUAUUUAUGUGUACUAGCUAAUGAUAAAGCUCAAAAUGUUGAUAUUAUUAGACUAAUUAUUACAGAUAAUAAACGUACAUUUCGUUCACCAACAAUUAUUCAAGAUUUUAAAGAUGUUGAUGUCAUUGAGGGGAGUUUAUUUACUCUUAGAUGUAAAAUAGAUCAUGGUUACCCAAAAGCUCGAGUUUUGUGGUAUAGAGAAGAUAAAAUCAUUCGUCCGGAUGGUCAUUACAAAUUGUAUUAUGACGGUGAUGGUGUUCAUGUGUUACAAGUUGAUGAGUCAACGACUGAAGAAGAUAAUUCAACUUUUACAUUUCUUGUUUUCAAUGCAGCCGGAAGAGUACACAUAUCAGCCGAUGUAUUUGUCAAUGAAAAAGAAGUCAUUGAUCGACCAAGAGGUACACAUAUCAGACCUCUAUUAUCUGCAACGACAAAACAUAAUGGAACUGGCAAUAUGAUCAGCAACGACGAAGAUAGACAAACAAAUUGGUCUGCUUCCAUGUUAACAACAUCGCCCAAUGUUAAACAACCUACUCAAUUUGAUCAUCCACCACAAAUAUCACCCGAAAGUUCACCUCGUUUAUUAACACCAGAACCAAAACGUCAUAUAUCAACAUCUAAUCUCGAUCGAUCAGCAAAACUAUUGGAAAGCUGGAAAAAUCUUUAUCAACAAAGUAUUGAUAUACUAAAAUCAGAUGAUUUAGUACCAUUUCAUCCAUAUCCUAGACCUCUUGAUGAUUUAGAACAUGAAUCUCCCAGAGAGGAACAUUCACGAUCACCAACGCUAAAUCUUAAUAGCAAUCAACUGUAUAAAUCAAAAUGGGAGGUACGUUUGCCAGAGCUUCUCAAUGUUACUGUUGGACCAGAUAGACCAAAACGAAAUCCAUUGAGACGUCAUACAACAGAAGUUGUGUAUAAACAACCGCAAGAAGACUAUUUUCAAGAACAAUCGAUAUCAAAUGAACGAAGUAUUCAACCACAAAAUCAAUCGUUAUCACAAUCAUUUUCGCCCGAUGGUGAACCACCAAGUCCGUUGGUGAAACACUUGAAACAAAGAUUUGAUAAAAUAGAACCAUCCAAAGUUCAUAGAGUAGCUAGUUUAACAUGUCGUGGUCUCACAGCAAAUAAGAAAUCUAAUAAACGUCCUCAGCUAUUUGUUGCUGUUCAUCGUGCUCGUAAGUGUGCUCUGUCUGACUCCACUAACCCAUUAACUUCACGUCAAUCAUCAUUACGAAAAAAAGGUAAUAAAAACUCCUCACUACCAAACACUUAUCGAAAUUUGUAUCCACCACAAUCAACGAAAACGGUUGUCAACCAAUUACUAAAACAAGAUGGAUUUGGUGCUGCUACAGUUGUUUACGAUAGUACUACUCCUAAUACUAACGGUCUUAAUGCUACUACUGAUCAUCGUUCAGCAGCUAUAAUGAACUCUAAUCGAAACACCUCUAAUAAUAACAUGGUGUCAUCGCCUAAAAGCACACGUCAGAAUAAUGAAACAUCGCUUGGAAAACAACCGCUGCAACCAGCACUCAGACUAAAAUCAAAAGAAAAUAUUAACAGCAAAACCAAAACUAAUUUUGAUGAUCAAGCACGUCAUGUGCGUAGUCAAAAUGAUAAAUCGUCACCGGAGACAAUUAUACCAAAAUCGAAUAUGACUCCUAAAAUCAGCAAUGAAAGACGAACGAAUAAAAACUUAAAUAAAUCCUUAACGACUUCGAAUUCAAUGUCAGAUAUAAAACAACAUUCGAUAAAUCCACCAGCAAAACCGGAACGUUUAUUUAUUCCAUCGAACGAGUCAACAACAACUGAUAGUGUAACUAAAACAACACCUUCGAAUACUACCGCCGACAAUGUGGUUUAUGAAGCGAUACCUCCAAAUAUAGAUGAUGCUCGAAGUUCGGUAUUAGCUCGUGCUAAAUUAUGGGAUAAACGAAUUAGUGUAGAAAAUGGUGAAGAAGAAGAUUUGGUACCAACCGAAUGGAGCAAAGAAUUUGAACAAACACAAGAAAAUAAUGUUGAAUUUUGUAUUUAA